AUGCCCUUCGCCCUCCUCCCCCGCCGCCGGUCGCCGUCCUCUGCCCCUUGCCCUCCUCCCCCACCGCCGGUCGGCCACCGCGCGUCUCCCAGUCUCCCCACCUCUCGACCCCUGCCAUCUGUUCCGCCCCGCCGCUGGCGGGGGAUCCGACCACAGGCGUCCCGGCGGCGGAUUUGUCCUGCUCCGCCGUCCGGCGCCGUCGUUCGCCGAGGCCCCUGCCCCCUUGCCCCUCCCGCUCCAUCCCCGUCGCCGCCGGUCUCCGCACUGGUGGAUCCCGGCGUGCAGGUGGUGGAUCUGAGCGGCGGCGUGGAGGAGGAGGCACGUGAGCAGCGGAUUCAGCAGUCGGCGCUGGCGUCUGGGACAGCGGCGGCGGUGCUGCCCGGGUGA